AUGGCCCUUGAGUGCAAUAGCUGCAAGAAGUCGCCGCCUGAAGUCGCCCUUAAGAGAGAUGUCUACGGGUUGCUGAUCGACGCUUACCGGCUGCGCGUUGAGGACAUGUACAACAUUGAAGGCGAAGCAGACACGGAUAGCAUAUAUGGUGGUGCCGCCAAUGGGCUGCGUGGCUUCAAGCGCUUCCUGGGGCGCGUCGAGCGUUGUCCCGGUUUACUGCCGCCGUGGUGGGAUGCAAAGAAGAAGAAAGAGUGUGAGACACUCGGCAUGACCCUAUCGCAAUGGCACGACCUACGAUGCGCGGUGGAAAAGAGCGACAUCAUCGAGCAAUAUGGGGAUUCCCGAUUCCCGAUGCAGCUUCGGAUGUUUGCUGAGUCCGUGUAUGGUCGAGCUCCGGGCGGGACAAGUGGGACGGCGAUAAGGCAAAUGAUGGUUGCGAUGGAGCAGGGUAAAGCAAAGGGGAUAGAGUCGCAUAUGGACAGGUCAGCAGCUAUGCUUGGUCGGCGGUGA